AUGUGCACAAGCAAAUGGCGGAAAGGAAAGUAGAACGAGAUGGACAAGUUAUUUUGGUAAAGUUCUCGCCAUGUGAGGCCUUUUUGUCGACGUAAAUCGAUGGCUACCAGACUUGAACGGCUUUUCCUGCUCCUGGACACCGGCUCCACAGCGGUCACUCGGAAGGCAGCAGCUCAACAGCUCGGCGAAGUGCAAAAACUACAUCCUCAUGAGCUUCAGAAUCUCCUUAGUAGGGUCCAUGUCUUUCUGAAGAGUAGCAGCUGGGAUACGAGGAUUGCUGCAGGGCAGGCCAUCGAGGCUAUUGCACAGAAUGUACCUCAGUGGAAUCCAGCAGCACAAAACAUCAAAGUGGAACUAUCAGAAGGCAGCAAGACAGUAGUUAGCGGGGAGACAGUUGAAAGUGAGCUGCUAGAGUUCUCCAAGUUUGAUAUCAACCGUGUGUUGAAACAUGGAGAGCGUCUUGUCGGCUCCUCAGGGGCUGAAUACGAUCUCCCUGAUGAAGAUUUUGUAGGCCUUGAACCAAAGGAGAGGUUAAAUAGACAGCAAAAGCUACUCAGGAAACGACUUGGUUUAGAUAUCGCACCUGGAAUAGAUGUUGGAAUGGAUAAACUGUUUGAUGAUGAAGAUCUGUUGAUUAAUCCUCCUGAGACCAAAGUGAAAUCUUUGACAAAACAAAAAUCGUUUGAGAGUGCAGCUGAAGUUGUGGCAGCAGAAAUAGCCGCAAUUAGCUCAUCAGCUCAGCUUAGUUCACGAGAGAAGAACAGAGCCAUUAGAAAAGCAAAAAUGCUUGCUAAGCAAAGAUCUAAAGAGGCGUCAAAAGAGGGAGACUCAGUGCAAGGAUCAUUUAACAACAGUGUGAGCAUUGACAAUGACUUGGAAACAGACCAAGGUCCAGUUUCCAAGAAGCGCAAGACAGCUAGUGUUAUUGUUGAUCAGCCUGCAGAAUCUGACAAGAUGGUUGUGGAUCAGGUUACAGAUGUGUCAGCAACAUUUGAUGAGUCAACUGAAUGGCCAUUUGAGAACUUUUCCCAACAACUAUGCCAGGAUCUGUUUCAUCAGUCAUGGGAGGUACGUCAUGGAGCAUCCACGGGUCUCAGAGAAAUAAUUAAGGUUCAUGGGCGAGGUGCAGGGAAAACCUUAGAUUCAUCAGCUGAAGAUCUUCAGAUUCAAAACAGGAAAUGGUUAGAAAACAUGUCACUGCAUCUUCUCUGUGUCAUGGCUCUUGAUCGAUUUGGAGAUUUUGUAAGCGACGAGGUUGUUGCCCCAGUUCGUGAGACUUGUGCACAGACAAUAGGAGUGAUCUUAAAGCACACUGAUGCCGAGACUGUUAAGAGGGUGACGAUGGUCCUGUUAACUUUACAAGCUCAGGAAGAAUGGGAAGUGCGUCAUGGUGGAUUGAUGGGACUCAAGUAUCUCAUGGCUGUCAGACAGGAUCUAACAGAAGAUUUACUGCCACUGCUGUUAGAUCCUAUUGUAACAGCUCUGAAAGAUGAUGAUGACGAUGUUCGUGCAGUGGCUGCGUCAGCUCUGUUACCUGUAGCAGAGUCAUUAGUUACAUUUGCUCCAAAUCGUGUGCAGGAAGUCCUUGUGACUUUAUGGGACACACUCGUCGAACUGGAUGACUUGACAGCUUCAACUAACAGCAUUAUGAUGUUACUGGCGAGAAUUCUGUCCCGUCCAUCUGUUGCCCUGCAAGGAACAGGGGGCAAGGAUUCCUCUCUCACUGAACUGGUGCCACGACUGUGGCCUUUCUUCCGUCAUAAUAUCAAGUCAGUUCGAUUAGCCGCAUUAGAAACUCUAAAAACUCUUCUGGUUGGAAAUCUGAAACAUAAGGCUGAAAAUGAAAAGAUGCCAGAAUGCUUGUGGCUAACACCGAUCCUGCAGGAUUCAUUGAGGCAUAUUUACCAAAGAUUUAUUCUGGAAUCUGAUGGUGAUGUUGUAGAGAUGGUCUAUAAGGUGUGGAGUGUGAUGCUGGAGAGAUCAGCCAAGAGUCACCUAGGAAGCAUUACAAUUCCGUUCCUUAACAGUUGGCUUGGUAUGACCAUGAUGCCAGCCUGUGCUCCAAUUGAUCAUACAGCUCUUAUCCAAGCUCUGCACAGAACUCAGAACAAGGGAGACUGCAGUGUAGAUAGAGCACACAUGAUUAGAGGCCGACCAUUACAGACUCAUACUGAACCUCAAUCAGAAGUUAUAGGGGGUGCCACCCUUGCCACUAGUUUGUCGGCACGUGAGCCAGCAGUAUUACGAGCGAGGCUUGCAGCAUCAAGAGCCCUUGGACUGUUAGCAUCUCAUUAUGCCAAGUGUCCUGUUGCCCAUGACAAUGACACUCAUCCUCUUGGCUUUCUGAUGCAAACUCUACAGUUUCCACAUGGGUCAAACUCAGGGAUCCAGAGAAUGUGUGCCUCGUUAAUAUUGACAGAGUGGGCCAGCUGUCAAGUGGAAUGCAAGUGUCCUGAAGAAAAUGUGAUGCAGUUAAACAACAUUUUAUCUGACCAAGUUGUAUAUGAUGAGAUUGCUCUCCUAAAUACAAGACUGCAAACAGAUUGUCAGGGCCUGCUUAUAGCACUACGAGAGAAAGGGGUUGAUGCCUCAGCUGGGAUUCAACCAGGCUGUUACACUGUUGACAAUGCUAUUAAGCUGGCCUCGGAUAUUUUCACUGAAGUUUCUAAAAAAUUCUCACAACAGGAUCUCAAGGCAGCAGAAGUAAAGAGAAGGCAUCUAAUGACAACAAUAGGACAGCUACAGUCUGAGUACCAAAAGCUUCACAUCAGGGUUCAAGCAAGUGUUGCCAGCACUUUGAUCUUCCUCAAUAAACUUCCCAUGAAGCUGAACCCUGUUAUCAGGCCAAUUAUGGAUUCUAUCAAGAAAGAAGAGCAAACUAUCAUGCAGACACGGUCAGCACAAGCAUUGGCCAAGCUUCUGGAGCUGUGUAUGCCAAGAGAACCAUGUCCAAAUGCUAAGAUCAUAAAAAAUCUUUGUACUUUUGCGUGUAGUGAUCCUGCCGUCACCCCAGCUGUCAAUCUUAAUUUGUCAGUAGCUUCUGAUGAUCUUCCUCCACUGUCACCGACACCAGCAGUAGCUUCUGAUGAUCUUCCUCCACUGUCACCGACACCAGCAGGUCAAUCAGAGUCAAACUGCACUUCGUUUCCUGCUGGUGGGACAACUACGACAUUGGAAAGAGGAAACACUGUACAGUGUGACCAAUACAAUGGAAUUCUUAGUCUUGUACAGCAGCAAAAGAAUGCUAAUAUGUCAGCUCAAAAGAAAUCAAGUGGCGGGGCAGGUCGUACCAAGGUCUUACCAGCUGGAGUGGAUGGUGUGGCAGUACCCUCUAUUGAUGAGAGUGGUGGAGAGGACUUUGAGACAGCUAGGGUUCUGAGUAUCCAAAGAAGAGGUUCAGAAUUUGCUCUUGUCAAGUUAGCUCAACACUUUGGGAGGUCAUUACCUUCUAAGUUACCUAAACUUUGGGAAGCAAUUGUAGGACCACUACAGCAGAUAAAGAAUGGAAACUCAUUUGAUGCAGACAAACUUGUUGACUUGGAGAGUGAAGCUCAAAAUCUAGUAAAUUGUUUACAAAUACUUGAAGUUUUAACACCUGCUGUACAUGUGGAACUGUUGUCAAAGGUUUUAGAUCUCCUUCCCAAUCUGGUGUUGUGCCUACAGCACCCUUACUGUGCAGUGAGACACUUGGCGGCAAGGUGCCUGGGAGUUCUUAGCAACGUAUCCAUUCUAGAGACCAUGAGGGUUGUUGUCGAGGAUGUACUCCCUUUAAUGGGUACAGCUGAUGUGGUCAGGAACCGUCAAGGAGCUAUAGAAGCUAUCUCUUGUGUUAUUGAACGACUCGGCAUGGGUGUGGUCCCGUACGUGGUACUCCUGGUUGUACCAGUGCUGGGACGAAUGAGUGAUCAAUGUGAAGAUGUUCGGCUCAUGGCCACCUACUGUUUUGCUACACUGAUUAGGCUUAUGCCUCUUGAGUCGGCCAUUCCUGACUCACCUGGGAUGUCCAAAGCUCUGGUGGAGCAAAAGCAAAAGGAACGUAAAUUCCUUGAGCAGCUGUUGGAUGGUAAAAAAGUCGAGAAUUACACAAUUCCAGUUCCUGUUAACGCUGAGCUGAGAAAAUACCAACAGGACGGUGUGAACUGGCUGGCGUUUCUCAACAAGUACAAGCUGCAUGGCAUUCUUUGCGAUGAUAUGGGUCUUGGUAAAACUCUUCAGUCUAUCUGUAUUAUUGCAGGUGAUCACCACGCAAAAGCUACGGUAUACAAGGAAACAGGCAACAGUGAUUGCAAGCCACUGCCUUCUCUGGUGAUCUGCCCUCCAACACUGACAGGUCACUGGGUGUACGAGGUGGAGAAGUUCCUCAGUAAAGAUUUCCUUAAACCGCUACACUACACAGGUCCACCUUCAGAGAGACAAAGGCUUCGCAACAAGGUCAAAAAUCAUAGUUUAGUGGUAGCAUCGUAUGAUAUUGUUAGAAACGACGGUGAUUUCUUCAGAUCAGUCCACUGGAACUACUGUGUCCUUGACGAGGGACAUAUUAUCAAGAAUGGCAAAACAAAGCUUGCCAAAGUGAUUAAGCAGUUGCAGGCUAGCCAUCGACUUAUCCUGUCAGGAACGCCAAUCCAGAACAACGUUCUUGAGCUGUGGUCGCUGUUCGAUUUCUUGAUGCCUGGUUUCUUAGGAACCGAGAAGCAGUUUCAGGCUCGGUUUGGUAAACCCAUCCUACAAAGCAGAGAUGCGAAAUCCUCCUCCAAAGAACAGGAAGCUGGGGCGUUAGCCAUGGAGGCCCUUCAUCGUCAGGUUUUACCGUUCCUCCUGAGACGCUUGAAGGAAGAUGUACUACAAGAUCUUCCACCAAAGAUCAUACAAGAUUACUACUGUGAACUGAGUCCACUUCAGGUUCAGCUAUACGAGGAUUUUGCUAAGUCUCAGGUGAAGAGAGGUUUGGAGGAAUCCGUAUCAAACAUCGAUGAUGACGAGAAUGAGAAAAAAAGAUCCAAAGAUACACCACACAUCUUCCAGGCUCUUCAGUAUCUUCGUAAGCUGUGUAACCACCCCCUUCUGGUGCUUACUGCCAAUCAUCCAGAAUACGACAAGGUCAUGGACCAACUACAUCAGCAGAACAUAUCCAUCCGGGAUAUCCAACACGCUGCCAAACUAGUCGCCCUCAAGCAGCUUCUGUUGGAUUGUGGGAUAGGAGUGAGUUCUUCGUCCCCAGGCUCCAGUGAUUUGUCGUCAGACCCGGUUGUGUCUCAGCAUCGUGUACUGUUAUUCUGCCAACUGAAGAGCAUGUUGGACAUUGUUGAAAAUGACCUCCUCAAAAAACAUAUGCCUACUGUGACAUACCUCAGACUUGAUGGAAGCACGCCUGCGGGCUCACGUCACUCUCUCGUACAAAGAUUUAACAACGAUCCAUCUAUCGAUAUUCUGUUGCUGACAACACAUGUUGGAGGGCUGGGGCUAAACUUGACUGGUGCCGACACCGUUGUCUUUGUGGAGCAUGACUGGAACCCAAUGAAAGACUUGCAAGCCAUGGACCGAGCGCACCGUAUCGGACAGAAGAAAGUUGUUAACGUGUAUAGAUUAAUCACACGGGGAACGCUUGAGGAAAAGAUUAUGGGGCUUCAAAAGUUUAAACUGAACAUCGCCAACACAGUCAUCUCACAAGACAACUCAAGCUUAUCGACCAUGGACACAGGACAGCUCCUUGAUCUGUUCUCUGUCGAUAAGGAGAAAAGGAAAGAGAAGACCUCCGCACAACAGCAAAGUGAAGGAGGCAAGACUUCACUGAAAGCCAUGAUGGAAAAUCUAGGCGAGUUGUGGGAUGAGGAGCAAUAUGAAACAGAGUACAACUUGGACAAUUUUAUCGGCUCGCUUAAGUGACACGCAAGGAUAAGAUCCGCUUGUUGGUAGAGAUGAAGUUGUUGCAAGCCGCGCUGCUCCCUGUGAUGUCACCAUUGAGAUGCACUCAAGCUGUGGCUGUUGAUCUUGCGACAGUAAAUUACACAUGUUGAGCUGGAAAUUGUAAAAAUUUGAAGUCAAUCAGAUUUGAAAACUUGUUGAGGACAUUUGCAUAAGUUGCGUUCUGAAAUGAGACUUGGAAAAUAAACUCAAGCGAAAGCAAUUCAGGAAAUUAGACAGUGCGCAACCUGUUGUCAAUCAAGAGCAACAGAGUGAUUUGAGAAGUUUAGAACGCCUUGGUGUUGAACGAGUCCUAAUAAAUGGCGGAGAAACGAAAGAAGCGAACUCAGUAAUGAUGUCACUGCGGUGGAGUCCGGACGAAAUAGGUGUCGCCCAGCACCGUUACGCACCAGCCAAGAUUAUUUGAGAAUGAACAUUGUACACUAGAGUUAGAAGUUUCCAGGCCUUUAUGCCUUAAAAUAUAUGGUUGACAGUCCAUUCGAAAUAAAGUCACUGUUACAGUUGUGAUAAAUCUUUGAGAGCUGAAGGAAUCACUACGGCUACCCCGAGGACGACGCUUAGUUAAAAACUUUAAUUUUAAAUUCAUUGUAGUUUUUCGAUCUUUUCAUUGGGUCUAUCGAUGUAAAAACCUGCUCGUGCUAAAUAUAUCACGAAAUCCCUCAGUCCCAAACAGAAAUAUGAAAAAUUAGCCGUCAUUGCUCAGUCUCUGCAGAAUACGUA